GCGGCGAGCAGGCAGCGGAGCCGGGAGCUGGAGGCGCGGCCGCUCGGCCGAACCGCCCCGUACAGGCGCUGCGGGCGGCCGCGGGCAGGUGCUGCUGGAGGGCGGGCUGGGGAGCGCGAGCAGAGCCGCCCGCUGCUGCGGGACGUCGCCGGGCCCUGUUCCCGCCGAGCAAGCCGCGGCAAGCCGGGGGCGCAGGGGGCGCAGGGGGCGCAGGGGGCGCGCCGUCCGCUCACGCUCGUCCUCCUGCUGUGCGGCGCGUCCUCGCCGGACAGCCCGGGAGCCGCGGCGCCGCCUGCGGGAGAGGCUGCGGGACGUGCGCGGCAGCGGGGGCGCGGGCUGGUCGGGGCGAGUGGGGCGAGGCAGGCGGAGGACGCGGCGGCGCCCGGCUCGCGGCCCACUGGAGGCGCUGCACGCGCGCGGUGUUCGGACGCCAGGCGGGUCCACCGUGCAGGCGGCCGCCCUACUGCCCGGCCACCCGGCCUCCAGCCUGGCCGUCCCCGGGCCGCCUGCGGGGCGCUGCAAGCCGCCGGCCCGCGCGACCAGCAGCGGGCCAUGGGCGAGACCAGGCCUCCCCGCACUUGCUGGCGUGCUUUUCCUGGGGUCCCUGGAGCUCGGGGAAGGAUCCAGAUGCCACCUUCCCCAGUGCCCCAGCUUCAGGAUCACCUCCAGGGUCCUGGGGAGGAGCUGUCACUGACAGCCAUAUGUCCCCAGCGGAGACUGUGGGACCCCGGGAAGGGGUCGAGAGCCUGUGAUGGACUUGUCCAUACUCCUGCUGAGCCGCUGGAGCCCCCAGAUGAAGGCUGGGCUCCCGGGCCACCCGCACUCUAA